AAGUUUAAGUUAACCAGUGCGUAACAAACAUAAUAAGCGAAUAGUUUAUUUUUUCAAGUGUUUAGUGAUUUUGAUGUUGCCAGGUGUCAUUUCAUUAUUUUAGUUCUUUAAUUUGUUACACUUUGACCUAAAAAAAAUAAUUAUGGGCCUUCUAUCGCUCUUACGAAAGUUAAGACCAAAUCCCGAAAAGGAAGUAAGGAUACUAUUACUAGGCUUGGAUAAUGCUGGAAAGACAACUAUUUUAAAACAACUGGCAAACGAAGAAAUAACAACGGUGACACCAACGGCUGGUUUCAAUAUUAAAUCCGUUGCUGCUGAUGGUUUUAAAUUAAACGUAUGGGAUAUAGGCGGUCAAUGGAAAAUUCGGCCAUAUUGGAAAAACUACUUUGCUAACACCGAUGUUUUGAUUUACGUAAUUGAUUGCACUGACAGAGAACGGCUUGGCGAAACCGGGAAUGAGCUUUUUGAAAUGCUAAUGGAUAAUCGACUCAAGCAAGUGCCUCUCUUAGUGUUUGCCAACAAACAGGAUUUGCCAAAUGCUAUGUCAUCCUCUGAAGUAGCAGAGGCGAUUGGCUUAGUGCGGUUAGAAGAACGAACCUGGCAAAUAAAGGCGUGUUCCGCAGUUGAAGGCAUGGGCAUUAAGAAUCUGAUUGCAGACAGACCUAACACAACAUUACUAUCCAUUUACUUGGGGAAGGAAUGGAUUGGGUGUGCAAGAAUAUGAAAAAAUAAUUGAGUGUUGUUGUGUUGGUAUAAUCUGCGUCGAAAUUAAAUCCAUUGCACGGAGUUAUCACAUAAUUCGUACUAAUUUAGAACGUUUUAAAAUUGGUUUUAUCAGGUACUAAUUGUUAUUUAUAAGAAUUUUUUAAUAAAAACUUAGAAUUAAAAACAUUGCAAUAUCGUUUA